AUGCAGGCUGAAGAGUACAAUCGCAGAGGUAAGGAGCUGGUGGACUACAUCACUCAGUACCUGAGCUCCAUCAGGGACAGGAGGGUGAUUCCUGAUGUGAAGCCAGGCUACAUGAAGGAGCUUCUCCCUGACACGGCGCCGACAGAGCCGGAGGACUGGGAGAGUAUCUUCAACGACAUCGAGAGAGUCAUCAUGCCUGGAGUGGUUCACUGGCAGAGCCCUCACAUGCAUGCUUACUACCCCAGUCUGACUUCAUGGCCCUCUAUGCUCGGAGACAUGCUGGCUGAUGCCAUCAACUGUGUUGGAUUCACCUGGGCCUCCAGUCCGGCAUGUACAGAACUGGAAAUUAAUGUGAUGGACUGGCUGUGUAAAGCACUGGGACUCCCCUCCUUCUUCCUGCAUCACCAUCCCGACAGCAGAGGUGGAGGCAUACUGCAGAGCACAGUCAGUGAGAGCACACUGGUUGCUCUUCUGGCAGCGAGGAAAGACAAAAUUUUGCAGCUGCAGGCUGAGCUCGACCAGGAGGUGGAUGACUCGGUCCUGAAUUCAAGACUGGUAGCCUACGCUUCAGAUCAGGCUCAUUCCUCGGUGGAAAAGGCAGGUCUGAUCUCUCUGGUGACGAUCAGGUUUCUGCCCACUGAUGAAAAGUUGUCUCUGAGAGGAGACACACUGAAACAGGCCAUACAAGAAGACAGGAGGAGGGGACUAGUCCCUUUCAUGCUGUGUGCAACAUUGGGAACCACAGGAGUGUGUGCCUUCGAUAAUCUGUCUGAACUGGGACCAGUCUGUGCAGAUGAGGGGCUGUGGCUCCAUGUGGAUGCUGCUUACGCCGGCUCAGCCUAUUUCUGUCCUGAGCUCCGCUGGUCACUGGAGGGCAUUGACUUUGCUCACUCUUUUGUCUUCAACCCCUCCAAGUGGAUGAUGGUUCAUUUUGACUGCACAGCUUUCUGGGUAAAGGAUAAAUUUAAGCUCCAGCAGACGUUCACAGUUGAUCCAGUUUAUCUCAGGCAUGAGAACUCGCAGGCAGCCACUGACUUUAUGCAUUGGCAAAUUCCCCUCAGCCGACGUUUCCGUUCUCUCAAACUUUGGUUUGUUAUGCGCUCCUUUGGGCUGAAAAAGCUGCAGGCUCACAUCAGACAUGGGGUUGAGAUGGCAAAGCUCUUGGAGUCUCACAUAAAGAGUGACCCACAUUUUGAAGUUCCUGCUGAGAGGCACCUUGGCCUGGUGGUGUUCUGUCUGAAGGGUGGUAAUGCUUUGACCCAGGAGCUGCUGAGGAGACUGACCCGGUCUGGCACCAUGUACCUCAUCCCCGCAGACAUUCACACCAAACGCAUCAUCCGAUUCACUGUGACGUCACAGUUCACGACCCCAGAGGACAUCCUGAAGGACUGGAGCAUCAUCUCCAAAACAGCUUCCGCUCUCCUGGCUGAGACACAGCCUCAGAACAACGCAGAACAACCAACAUCAAGGAAGGAUGAGGUGAUAGGAGAAGAUCAAGACUCAGACAGGUCAGAGGAGAGAGGGGACGAUGCCUCCAGGCUGGAGAAGGCUCAAGUGGAGCUGUGGAUUGACAAGGCUUGGAACCGUUCCAGGAGACCAAUGCGGUCUCUUAGCUGCAGCUGCGAGCCUUACACUUACGGGCCGCUGUCUGACCCGGACUUUGAAACGAAGCCUGGUCUCAAAGAUGCUGCAGGCGUCGUCCCCAGCACAACCGCAGGAUCCGGUCCUAUGUAUAAGAUUACAGAGACGCCCUCAAACCUUCUGGGCAAACAUGCCCUGAAAAAGCUGACAAAGUUCUACAGUGUGCCUAGUUUCUGCAACCAGUGGGUGCAGUGUGGCCGACACCAGCUGUGCUGCCCUGUGAAGGUGUCACAGGCAACUCAAAAACACUUGUCUUCCACCUGCAGAAGAAUGAACUGUAUGUCCUCUUCUCCUGUAGCCAACACACCCCCUUCUCCCACUCCACUGGAAACUGCCACUGCACCUAAGAUCCUGUAAUGAUCCUGAAGGCCUCACACAUACACACACUGAUUUAGCUUUCAAUGAUAAAGAAAUGUACUACUGAGCCAAUACAGUUAGUUCCCGACUGUUAUGAAUGAAAGAUCAUUAACUGUGUCAAUAAUUUGAGCUUGAUUUGCUAAAUACUUUUUAAAAUAUUUUAUUGAUAAUUACUUAUAAUGUUUCCAACAAAAUGUUAUUCCUUGAAUUACUUUAAUGCACAUAAUUACUCACUGGUAGCUAAUGAAAUGCUGUACAUAAACGCUCAAUGGAGAGGUAAUUUAUCCUUAUUUGGCAUGCUG